AUGCCAUCGCAAAACUCGAAAGGCACGUCACAACAAAGCAGUUCUCCAUACGAGGACCGUCAUGUCUCUAUGGGUUCUGGAAGUAAUCUUAGCUUGGAGAAAGUCAAAGAUGACCCUUUUGUCAUUGAUUGGGAGGGACCUGAUGACGUCUUGAAUCCUCAAAAAUGGAGUUCCCGAACUAAGCUUGCUCAUGUGCUUCUUGUUAGCUCUUUCACGCUUUACUCCAACCUGGCUGCAGUCAUGUUUGCUCCUGGUGCUCAGUAUUUGGUUAAAGAAUUCGGGGUUACCAGUCCAAUGGUCUCAUCACUGACUGUCUCGAUCUAUGUCCUUGGAUACUGUGUCGGACCUUUUCUUAUUGCACCAUUGUCCGAGAUAUACGGCCGACUUGGUGUCUAUCACAUGUGUAACUUGACAUAUGAACUCUUCACUGUCGGAUGCGCUCUAAGUACCAAUACUUCGAUGUUUCUCGGCUUUCGAUUUCUUGCUGGUUGUGCCGGUGCAGCUCCAAUGGCCGUUGGAGGUGGGACAAUCGCAGAUAUGUAUAGCGCCGAUGAGCGCGGCAAGGCAAUGGCCCUCUUCAGCCUUGGUCCUCUACUAGGUCCGGUUAUUGGGCCAGUUUUGGGUGGUUUUCUCACUCAAUACAGCGGUUGGCGCUGGACGUUCUGGUUGAUCUUCAUAUUGGCUGCAGUUGUGUCCCUUAUCGGAGUAUUUGUCAUGCGCGAAACCUUCGAGCCUGUCCUAUUAGAACGAAAAGCUGCCUUCCUGCGCAAGCAAACUGGUAACGACCAACUCCGAGCUCGAACGACCAAAGACAUAACACGAUGGCAACUUCUCGGCCGUGCAGUUGUACGACCUACAAAGAUGCUACUCUUCUCGCCCAUCAUUCUACUCUUGUCUCUAUACUGCGCACUCAUGUUUGGACUUACCUAUCUUCUAUACACGACUUUCCCUUCCGUUUUUCAGACAAAGUACGGCUGGGGUCCUAGCCUUGCUGGACUUGCCUAUCUCGGAAUUGCGAUCGGCAUGAUAUUCGGUGUUGGACUUGUCGGCGCAGUAAGCGAUAAGCAGAUGAAGAAGACCAAGGCCACAGGAGCCCCUGCAAGGCCUGAAAUUCGCCUUUUAUUGUCCGUCUGGAUGUCACCGGUCGUGUCCAUUGGAUUCUUUUGGUAUGGCUGGAGUGCCAAUGCGAACACCCAUUGGAUUGUGCCUGUAUUAGGCACAUUCGUGAUUGGAUUUGGUUCUUUCAUCAUUCUUAUGCCGUCCCAAAUCUACCUCGUGGACGCUUUCGGAGCAGAAGCCUCAGCAUCGGCUUUGGCUGCAAACACAUUUAUGAGAAGCCUUUUUGGCGCAUUCCUACCUCUUGCAGGUCCAGGAUUGUAUAAGGGGCUGGGCCUAGGCUGGGGUAACAGUUUGCUGGCGUUUAUUGGAUUGGCAUUUAUCCCUGUUCCAUUUCUGUUUUACAAGUAUGGCGAGCGCCUUCGCGCAAGAUUUCCUGUGGACUACUAG